GUUUGUCAGAUAUAGCUAGCCUACUAUUCUGCUUUACAAAUCUGUCAUGGCGAAGUGGGGAGAGGGGGACCCUCGCUGGAUAGUGCAACAGAUGGCAGAUGCAACGAACGUUAAUAAUUGGCACUGGACGGAGCGUGAUGUUACAAGUUGGUCACAGGACAUAUUGAAUGAGCUUCUUCUCAGGGUUCAUGUAGAGGGUGCAGAUGGCUUUUGCGAAAUCACAGAUGUCAGCAAGAUUGAGGGAGAGGCUUCCAUUAACAAUCGCAAAGGGAAACUCAUCUUCUUCUAUGAGUGGACCAUUAAAGCCUCAUGGACUGGAACCUCAAAAAAUGGCAUUAAGUAUAAAGGAAACAUAGAGGUGUUAAACCUUUCAGAUGAAAAUGAUCCCGAUGAUCUGGAUAUAUGUAUUACAGCAUGUAAAGACCAGCCACCUACUCCUCUAACUGUCCUCAUGAAAAAAGAGGGAGAGAAGGAAAUCAAAUUGGCUCUAGCAGGCUACGUCUCCCACCUAAAGAAAGAGUUCUCCCAGGGUAUGAUCCUGCCGACAUCAGAUGGUGUUAAUAAACAACAGCAGACACAGAUAAAGAGCAAAGCGAAUAAAACUCAGGUUGGUACCAGCACUCCAACUAAAGUUCUCAAUUCUGGAGUAAAAAUCUCCACAGUCCAGUUCAGUUUGAAAGAGAAAUUCAUGACCUCACCAGAAGAGCUUUAUAGAGUCUUCCUCAACCAAGAGAUGGUCCAGGCAUUCACGCAUCUUUCUGCAUUUGUAGACGGGGACAAGGGAGGCAAAUUCCGGCUGCUGGAGGGGAAUGUACACGGAGAAUUUGUUGAUCUGGUCCUAGACCAAAUGAUUGAAAUGAGAUGGCGUUUUUCAGCCUGGCCUGCAGAGCACUACUCAACAGUAACUGUGAACUUUGUUGACCGGAGUGGAGAAACAGAACUGAUUCUGAAAGCUACAGGUGUCCCGAGCAAUGAAGAGGAGAGAAUGAAGGAGGGCUGGCAGAGAUACUACUUUGAUGCUAUUAAACAGACAUUUGGUUAUGGAGUCUGAAUUUGACACACACACACAUACACACACACACACACACACACACACACACACACACACAUAC